AUGCUACGUGGUCUUCCCAUCUCCAAACUCAUCAUCUCGCUCGUCGUUCUCGGGCUUGCGAGAGCCUGCUGGUACUAUGUGUAUCUCGAGAGCCCCUACGACUACUACUAUCGAUAUUGUAACACUGGUUGCGCCGGUUUAGAUCAAAGCGAAGACGACUUCAAAUCAUGUUGCAUGCCCUUUACAUCCGGGCAAGCAACGCCCGCCGUCUGUACAUCCCUAUCCUCUAGCUGUGCUGCUGCCGGUACCACCUGCUCUUGGGGUAGUGUACCCACAACCGAUGCUCCCGAUACUUCCACUCAAGUUACCGAUUCUGCCUAUACGCCUCCCCCUUAUACGCCCUCUACAACCGCCGCUGCCUCUGCCACUUCUUCUUGUGCGAGCAGCUCAGACGCAUCCUCUUGCGCCGCCACCUCGGCCCAGCCCGGUGUCGUUACAGAGACAUCAUGGAUUACGAGUACCACCACCACUCCCUGCGCUAGCUCUACUUCUGAUGCCGCCACUCCCACUACAAGCGAGGAAGCUUGCGAUUGUGGCGAUGACUCUGGUGAGACUAGCGAUGCUGGAGCUGCGACAUCUUCAAACUGGGAAGGCAAUACUCCCCCCGCCGACUUCUCUGCCGACUGGAGGCGUCGUCGAGGGAUUAUGCGCCGAGGAGCUUGUGACUGUGCCUCUAGCACGUUUGCUGCCCCUAGCACAACGUCAGCGCCGCCUACUACCACGACGUCUGCCCCUGCCACUACGAGUGAAGAAGCUUGUGAUUGUGGAGAGACGGGAGAGACGAGCGAAGCUGGUGCAGAGACUUCGUCCAACUGGGAAGGUAACACCGCUCCUGCUGGGUUCUCGGCUGAUUCGCGGAAGCGAAAGAGGGGCGUGAUGAGGCGAGGCGCUUGCGACUGUCCCACCUCCACUUCUGAAGCUGUUCCUUCCACCACUGAGGCUCCUACCACGACCGAUACCCCCACUACAUCCGAAGCUGCUAUGCCAACUACAUCGGAGACUGCUUGCGAUUGUGGCGGUGAGACAAGUGAUGCUGGCGCGGCAACGUCAUCCAACUGGGAGGGGAAUACUGCACCAGCUGGAUUCUCUGCCGAUAGCCGAAGGAGACGAGGCAUUAUGCGCCGAGGUGACUGUGAUUGCUCGUCUGCCACCGAUACCCCCACCACAUCCGAAGCUCCAACUACUUCCGAUACACCUACAACGAGCGAAGCCGCAGCACCCACCACGAGCGAUACCGCAUGUGAUUGUGGUGGCGAAACGAGCGACGCUGGUGCUCCAACAUCAUCCAAUUGGGAAGGUAACACCGCCCCCGCUGGCUUCUCUGCCGAUGGCCGAAGACGCCGAGGUAUCAUGCGUCGAGAUGGGUGCGAUUGUGGCUCUGCUUCCGAGACACCCACCACCUCCGAUACUCCCACCACGAGCGACGCUUCCACCCCAACGUCUAGCGACACAUCUUGCGAUUGCGGUGGUGAGAAUGGCGAUGCUGGUGCCGAAACAUCAUCUGUUUGGGAAGGUAAUACCGCGCCUGCUGGAUUCUCUGCCGACUCGAGACGUCGUAGAUCGAAGAUGGGUGUCAUGAGGCGAGGUGAUUGCGAUUGCAGCGGACAAACAAGCGACGCUGCGACUAGCACGGAUGGUGGUGUCGCGUCUUCUUCUUAUGCUUGGGAAGGUAACACCGCCCCUGCCGGUUUCUCGGGCGAUAACAGAAAGCGAUUCGAGCCUCGAAACACUGCCCCUGCUGGUUUCGAAUCCGACAACCGAAAGCGUCAGUACGAAGGUAUCGUCCGAGGUGCCAACGUUGGUGGUUCUGAAAACAACAAACGCAACUUCAACAUGGUCCAGGGCGCUGAUACGACCACGAAAGACAAGCGAAACGUCAACAUGGUGCAAGGCGACCGCUCUUCUGCGGGUGGCAAGAGAAACUUCAACAUGGUUCACGACAAGGCAAGCUCAUCUAACGACGAGAAGCGAAACUUCAAUAUGGUCGCGGGGGGCACUCGAACUGUUGCCGAACGUGAUCUCCCCACCGGCUUCUCGAGAUACUACAAGCGCGAGACUGCAACUACCACCACCAUGACGUCGACUACUUGGAUCACCGCGGAUGGGUGUGGCAGUGCGACCGAUAGCUCUGCUAGUGCUACAGACUCUGCAAGCACGUCCGAAGCUACGUCAGAUGUCGCCGCAGGAAGCACCUCUUCCGAAAUGGACUCGAGCAGUCUCCCAGCCGAGACGUCUGCCACUUCCUCUGAUGAUAGUGCGGCUUCACCUACUACAAGCGAAGCAGCUUCAAGCUCUGUUUGGGAAGGUGAGUAG